UCAUUUCAGCUUCAUCCAUCCUUCUCCUCUCUCUUUCACCCACACACACGAGCGCAGAAACAUGCCUUUUAAACUCUUUAAACCCAAAUCAAAGCUCACUUCCCGGCGAGCCACCACCGCCACCACCACUAUAACCUCCCCUUCCCCCUCCGACCUCCCCAUCCCCAACCAUUUUCGCUGCCCCAUCUCCCUCGACCUCAUGAAAGAUCCAGUCACCCUCCCUACCGGCAUCACCUACGAUCGCCGGAGCAUCGAGACCUGGCUCAAAGAAGGCAACCUCACUUGUCCCCUCACCAACCAACCCCUACCGCUCGACGGAGAUCUCAUCCCCAACCAUACCAUCCGCCGCAUGAUCCAGGAAUGGUGUGUUGCCCACUGCUCCCUCGGCGUCGAGCGCAUCCCCACCCCUAAGAUCCCCAUCACCUCUCUGCAAGUCUCGGAGAUUCUUUCCGAGAUCUCCGCAGCCUUGCAGAGCGGAGAUGGCCUCCGAGUUUCUGACCUUGUGGUUAAGCUAAGAGAUUGGUCAAUCGAAAGCGAAAGAAACCGAAGGUGCAUUUCGUCAAAUAAGGCAGCGGCAGGGGUGGUUGCAGCUGCUUUCAAGGAUUUCCCUUCCGAGCAGGGGCUGUGUGUGCUCGCCGGCAUGCUGCCGCUCAGCGAGGAGGCGAAGAAGCUGUUGUCAGACGCAGAAUCUCUUAGCUCCAUUGUUUCUGUGUUGAGGAACGGUAGUCUGUCAGGAAGGCUUCAUGCUGUAUUGAUGGUGAAGGAAAUCACUGCAACUGAUACAGAACAAGCCGCUCAAAUUGCGAUGAACAAUGGCUUGAUUGAGGCUAUUGUGAGGCUUGUCAAGGAGCCAAUUUCGCCGCAGGGGACCAAGGUGGCGCUCGUUGCAGCUUACUACAUGGUCGCCUCGGAGGAGAAAGUGGCUUCCAGGUUUGCAGAGAUGGGAAUCGUUACUGUUCUGUUAGACAUGAUUGUUGAUGCUGAGAAGAGCUUGUGCGAGAAAGCGCUGGUUGUGAUAGAUGCAGUGCUGAACUCAGAGAUGGGGAGACAGAGAGCUUUGAACCAUGCUCUCUUCAUGCCGGUGCUGGUUAAGAAAAUGUUCAGGGUGUCGGACAUCGCAACGGAAUUCGCCGUGUCGGCGAUAUGGAAGCUGUGUAGGAAGCAGAGCGAUAAUGGCGAAAAAGAGAGGAGUUUGAAGGAGGCGAUUCAGGUUGGAGCUUUUCAAAAGCUGCUGCUCUUGCUGCAAGUUGGGUGCAGUGAUAGCACGAGGGAGAAGGCGACCGAGUUGCUGAGGAUUAUGAAUGGAAUCAAGGGGAAGGAAGAAUGUACUGAAACAGCUGAUUUUAAACAUCUGAAGAUGCCAUUUUGAGAUUUUUCAUUUUUUUA